GAGCAUUACCUGCCAUACAUUUUAAGAAGCAAGGUGAAACUAUUGCUGCAGGGCAAUGAAGACCAGCAGGACUUGCUGGAUUUUGUAGAUAAUUCCAUGAAAGUAGAGGAACAGAAAGUAUUUUUGGAAGCCCGCUAUAGUGAGGAACUGGCUUUACUGUACUUGUUCCAAGAAGACUAUGCGAGAGCCAGGCACUACACCAGCAUUGUAUUCAAGACAUUCCUUCAGGAUUGGGGCAGUAUUGACACAUUGAUGACUACCACCAGAAUUGGAAAAUUACAGAUCCUUCAAAAACUGACAGAAAUGCAAGAAUUUUUAGAUUUUGUGAGCAAUGAAGACACCUUCCAAGACUCCCAAGCUGCUCUAAGUUUGGUGACAAGAUGGCAGACGAGAUCACCAGAUCCCAUUGUGGAGCCGUGCAAUAUCUGGGAUGAUAUUGUUACAAACCGUUGUUUGUAUGUAGACCAACUCUGCCACAAGCUGUCCUCAGUUCAGGAGGAGUUUGAGGAAGAAGACAAAUUCAGAGAAAAGAGACUACAGUUUAUCCUAGCUCAGGCAGAGAGUGCUGUGGAGCAACACAACUUCCCAGUGGCCAAGAAAAAACUCAAAAUCAUUGAAUCUGAAGUGAAGAGUCUGAGUGAAAGCCCUGUCCUGAUUCAGUUUUACCACUGCUAUGCAAAGUUGCACAACAAAAUCACUGAGGUUACCAUGGAUGCCAGUGCUACUUUGUCUCCUGUGCUAGGAGCUCUGGGACUUCUAGAAAGAAAACGGGAUCAUAAACUGUUGAAAGAGUCCAGUGUUUUAACAAGGAGACAUCUGGUUCUUCAGGGCAACAUCUUUGACUCUGUGACAUCUAGUCUUCUUUCACUGCCAGAUUUAAGCUCAGUGUCACCCAAAGAUGUCCAAAAAUUGGUAGAAGCAGCCGGCUGCUCCAUGCAGAAUGCUGACAUGCAAGAGAUCAUCAAUGGUCUUGUAGACAGAGGAUACCAGUAUAUCAAAGAGGCUGUAGAUAUUUAUGAAGAAGAUUCUUCCAAUGAUAAAAGCACUGUAGAGACACACAUGGCUCUUGCCAAGUACUGUGACAAAUAUUUGAAGCUUAGAGAAGAAGAUGAUAGUUUGACUGGUGAAUCCAUAGACAGCUAUCCUGAGGCAGUGGUCACUUCACUCCUGAGAUGUAUUGAGCUUGACCACAUGGAUGCCAGGCAGCGUUUCCCACGUCUGUUACAGCUGGUGGAAUAUUAUCCAGACACUAUGCAAGGUUUCAUUAAUAAGGUGUCUGUCAUUCCAUGCUGGAUGUUCAUGACCUGGAUUGGUCAGUUAGUAGCCCUGCUGGACAAGCCUGAAGCCCCUGCUGUCCACAACAUACUAAUUAGAAUGGCCAGAGAAUAUCCACAGGCAUUGGUUUAUCCAUUUAAAGUUAGUAAAGAGUGUUACACAUUUGAGCGAUCUUCAGAAGGAAAAGAGAAUCUAGCUGUUGUUGAGAGACUGGAUUUUUCACUGAGUAAAAUUCCACUUGUAGAGACAUUCAUCAACGCUUUAGAACAAUUUGGCCAACCAAAUGCGCUAUUUAAGGACUGGAUAGGAGAGAUGGCAAAAUUGUUGCAUGUCAAGCAGAGAAAUGCAGAUGCUGUACAGCGGUGUUACACACAAAUGUACUCCAGUCUCAUGAUGACACAGAGGCAAGCUGGUGGAGUGUCACAAGAUCUCUAUGACACAGAACCAGACUCAGUAGAAAUUGGACAAUACAGGCAAAAGUUUGCCAAGGCUUAUUACAAAGACCUUGACAGUGCAUUUGGAAAAGAUGGAAAGAAAAUAAUGACAAUGAGUGAAGAGAGCUUCAUAAAGGCCGCUGAUGGAAUCUUUAAAAAGAUGGACCUGGCGUCCAAGGGUACAAAAGGUCAUCCAAACCUGGUUCCAUCAGAGAAACUGGGUGACUACUCCAAGUGGAUGUCUGGCCUGGCUGCCCAGGACAUGGACCUCAGUCUAGAAAUACCAGGACAAUAUACAGGUUUGUCAAAACCUAUGCCAGAAUACCAUGUGAAAAUAGCUGGCUUUGACUCCAGAGUCCUGGUGCUGUCCUCCAUGCGUAAGCCCAAAAGGAUUACUAUAAAUGGGACUGACAUGAAAGAUCACAAAUUCUUGGUGAAGGGAGGAGAAGAUCUGCGGCAAGAUCAAAGACUUGAACAGCUUUUUUACAUUAUGAAUCGGGUGUUUUCUCAAGACCCAGAUUGUAAACCAAGACAGUAUAAACUGAGAACUUACCAAGUGAUUCCAAUGACCACAAGAGUGGGAUUAAUUGAAUGGGUCAACCAGACGAAGACACUGAAAGAAGUUGUGUAUGGCACCAUGACAGAACAGGAGAAGGCACAGCAAAAGGCCAUGAUACUACAGAGAAGCUUUCUAAGCCGUUAUGGGGAUCUAUCAGACCCUAAGACAUACUGGGGGAUGUAUGAAAAGUGCAGCAGAACAGAAGCUGUCAAAAGCUGCCAAGAUAAGGAAAACUCUCUGCCCUGGGAUCUGCUAAGGAGGGCAUAUUUACAAAUGAGCACCUCACCAGAGACAUUUUAUACUCUGCGGCGUCAUUUUGCCAUCUCCCAUGCACUGCUGUGUAUUUGUCAUUACAUACUGGGGAUUGGGGACAGACAUUUAUCCAACUUUAUGGUGGACCUAGAAACUGGAGGAAUGAUAGGGAUCGACUUUGGGCAUGCUUUUGGGUCAGCAACACAGUUUUUACCUGUCCCAGAACUCAUGCCAAUACGUCUGACCAGGCAAAUUUUGAAUGUGAUGAUGCCACUGCGGGAAAAGGGAUUAAUAGAAAGCACCAUGGUGCAUGCAUUGCGUGCCCUGCGUGCAAACUAUGAUCUUCUUCUGAACACUAUGGAUGUAUUUGUCAAAGACCUUUCUGUCGAUUGGCUGGCUUUAGCUGAGAGACAGCUUCAGGCUACCCCGUCAUCCCAAGAGGAUAAAGAGGAUGCUAAGUGGUACCCAAAGCAAAAAGUAGCUUUUGCCAAAAGAAAACUGAAGGGUGCUAACCCAUGGUGUAUAACAAGGGAUGAACUGGAACUAGGUCACAAGAAGAGAGGGAAGACUUAUCAGGCAUUUAUUGCAAUAACACAAGGACAAGACAACACAAGAACCAAGUUUGCAGAAAUGGAUCUUACUCCAGAGCAGCAAGUGGCUUGUCUCAUAGACCAGGCAACAGACCCUAAUAUAUUAGGCAGAGCUUAUGCAGGCUGGGAACCCUGGGUCUGAUAUAAAUGUCCCAAAAUAUAAUACUGCAAUGCUGGCACGCCUGACAUGUAUGCAUUCUACAGCUUAAGACAAAGAAAUUCUUCAACUUUGUCUGCAGUCUUUUUUGUGAUUUUCAAUUUUACCUAAAGAGGGAGAAACCUGCUGCAUGAAGUCUUGAUUAACUUUUGAAAAGUGGACUUGCAACAUGUAACCAGACUUACUUUAUUUCAAAAC